AUGGAGGAAUUUUUAGGAUGGUCUAGUAAUAGUAAUGGUUAUAAUGAUAAUUAUCCACCAACAGUUGAUAGAAUUAUCGAAGGUGUAAGCUUACCAAAUUAUAUUGAAGAAGCAGUCGAAAUCGGUAAAAUUCUUAAUCAUACCGUAAUCGCAGUACUUACGGGUAAUAUUACAUACUUAGUUGAUGACAUUGUUACCUAUGCUUCUGCUGCCAAACAUUGUAAAGCCGAAUGUAAACGUCUUUGUGAACAAUUUAAAAUCGUUAGCGAUAGUGCUAAAGAUUUACUUAAGAAAUUAGAAGAGAAUCCAAAAGAAAUUGAGGAUAAAAGUUUUGCAUUUGCAUUAAAAGCAUUUGCCAUGGUAUUAGAAGAUGGGCGAGCUAUAAUUAAACAACAUGCUGAAGCUAAAUAUGGGUUGAAAAUUUUUCAUGCAAAAAAAUUCGCGGCUGAAUUUCAGAAAAUUGAGGAUCGAUUGGAUAAAGCUUGUCAAAAUUUAAAAUUUGCUAUUACUAUUAGACAUUAUGUAGAUGGUCAAGAAAUAGAGGAAGAACGUAAGACAUGGCAUGAAGAAGAUAAAAUUGCUUUUGAAGAGAUAACUAAUUUAGUUAAAGAUUCAUUAAAAGAAAUUCGAGGAUUUAAUAAAUCAAAAAAUACAUCAUCACAAGAAUUAUUAGGUACUAAAAUUUUAGCAACCGAAUUAACCAAUAUGCAACAAUAUAAAACUUAUCGACUAUUCUCAGCCACUUAUCGUACUGUGGACGAAAAUAGAAACUCAAAGGAUAUUAAAGUGUUAAUUAAAGUUACAAUGGCAAGGGAAGCUGUACAAGAAGAAAAAUCAAAAUUUGCAUUGGAAGUCGCUUAUUUACAAAAAUUAGCACCAUGUCCAAAUAUUAUUGAUCUUAUCGGAAUUACAUCUUUGAGAGGAAAUUUAAGUUUGGUAUUGAAAUAUUGUGAACAUGGAGAUUUACAAACCUUUAUUGCUAAAAAUUCAUUAAAAGGUGAUUGGGGUAAAAAACGUAGUAUCGCUUUAGAUAUAUCACAAGGUAUAGCAUUCCUUCAUAAAGCAGGAAUAUUACAUAAAUAUAUCAAUAGUGCCAACAUUUUAUUAGACAAACACUUUCAAGCGAAAAUCACCAACUUUCGUAAAUCACGUUGGGUAGACAUGAGAAGUAUGACAGUUAUUGAUUCAUUUGAAGAACAAAUUAGAUGGACUGCUCCUGAACGAUUAGAAGACGAGAUAGCACCUAAACAACGAUUCACUACCAAUGAAAUAAUUAAUCAUUUAGAAGCCAUUAAACCUGAAGAAUUAGAAGAUUCAAAUCAAUUUUAUAAUGUAACUUGUGAAGAUAGUGAUGGUCCCGAUUUAUCAGUGGAUGACGUAGUUUUGGAAGGAUAUGAUAAUGAAUUACUUAAGGUAACUAAAACUGUUCGUGAAUUAGCACUUUCUGACACAUCCGAAGAUGAAAACGUACCUUCACCUCAAGAAAUAUUGAAUAAAGCUGAAAAUUAUCAUUAUAUGAGAAAUUAUAUAAAGGCGCGUCAAGAAUUUAACAAGAUUGAAGAUUAUUUUCCACAAGCAUUAUUUAGGAUGGGCGAAUAUUAUUUUUUUGGGAAAGGAGUUAAUGAAGAUAUUGGAAAGGCAAUUCAAUAUUUUGAAAGAGCUAUAGAGAAAGGUGACGGUGAUGCAAUGGAUAUGAUGGGAUAUAUGCAUUUAAAGGGUAAUAAGGUAUUACCAAAAGAUAGAAUAAAGGCAGUAAAACUCUUUAUACAAGCAGUAGAGAAAGGAAUACCACAUGGAAUGUAUCAUUUGGGAGUUUGCUAUUUCAAAGGAAUUGGAGGUUUAAAGAAAGAUGAAGAAACGUCAAAGAAAUUGAUAUUGAAGGCGGCUAGUUUAGGAAACGCCGAGGCACAAAAAUAUGCGCAUUUACAUAAAUGGGAUUUGAUAAGUGGAAUGUAA